CCGUCGCGUCACAGCGUCAGCUAUCUUUAUUACAGUGUUAUUGCUAUUUGCCGCUACUAAAAAAUAAUGUUAUAAGCUAUAUUAUGACAAAAUAGUUUAUUUAUCAAUAAUGGCACCAAUUAUAUUGAAAGUGGAAACUGAAGCAGAAACAUGUUCCAUUUGUGGAGGUGGCGGUGAUCUAUUCACACCCGAAGAACAUGACGCGGGCGCACCGCCAAUGCAAGUACCCCUGCGGGCCAUGCUCUUGCACAUAAACAAUAAUAAGGUAGUCCCUGAAGGCAAAUUAUGUGUGAGCUGCGUACGUCGUGCAAUAGAAGCUUAUGAAUUUAGUACGGCACUGAGUACCCGGGCAAUGCCUCCAUUAAGUGAAAAAAUUCGUGCUCUACGAAGAAGACUUCAUGAGUUGACCCAGAAAAUAGACGUAUUUAUAGUUGUAGGCGGUCCGGGUGUUAAUUCUGGAGGAGCUUAUAGUGAGGAUGAUAUUAUAAUGGUGGAACGAGAUGCACUGGCAGCAGCAGCUGCAGCUGAUGAUGAAGAUCUUGAAAAGGCAAGAAAUGCUUGUGGAGAGACUGUUUAUCAAUGUUCUAUAUGUCCGAUGUCAUUCCAGCAAGCCAGCGAGUACCGCGCUCACAUCGCCAUCCACCCGGGCGGCGCGCGCCACUCGUGCUGGACGUGCGGCGCGCAGUUCAACAGCCGGGACGCGCUGCGCGACCACACCACGCUGCACGCCGCCGCGCUCAGCCUCGUCUGCCAGCUCUGCAACGUCACCUGCCAGAGCGGGGCGGAGAUGCGGCGCCACGAGGCGAGCUGCGCGUCGUGCCCGCUGUGCGCGCUGCAGUGCCCGUCGCGGGCGGCGCUGGCGGCGCACGCGCGGCGCUCGCACGCCGAGGAGCCGCCGCUGCUGUGCGCGCUGUGCUUCCGCACGCUGGCGGACCGCGCGGCGGGCGCGGCGCACGCGCUGGCUCACCGACAGGCCGAGCGCUUCGUGUGCGGGUACGACGCGUGCAUCCUGCGCUUCUCGAGCCGUGGCGACCUGCUGGCGCACAUCCGGCGCAGCCACGCGCGCGCCGAGCCCGCGCCCACGCCCGAGCCGCCGCCGACCACCUGCCCGACGUGCGGCCGCACGUUCGGCUCCGUGGCCGCCAUGAAGCGACACGCACGCGUGCAUCGGAAGGAAAUCCAACAGGAAUCUGAUUGGCAAAUAGAGGGUGAGGCAGUGGAAACCUUGGAUGGUAUGGAAGGGAUGGAGGUAUUGGAAGGUGAUGUAGAGUAUCUUGAAGUUGAAGCCCUAGACGAAUUUGAGGAACAUGAUGACAAAUUACAUAUCAAUAUGCAUUAGUGAUGCUUUGUAAUUACCAUUAUAUAUUAUAUUCAUGCCUUUAAAGGAACCUUUUCAUUUAGUGGGGGAUCAGGCUUCAGUGCCCAAACUGACAUCUACAUUAUCGGAUAUGCCUAAACUUAUAAAGUGACCUUAUGACCGCUCAUAGAUAAAAUGUUUAUGAACCAAUUAAUGAAUCUAUUUGAAAAUGCUUGCAUGUUUAAAGGUAUUUUGGAAUAUGUAUUAUUCCAUUGUAUGUCGCAACAUUAGGGGUGUGACUUGUCAACUUUAAGUUUUUCCUAUAUUAUUCACUAAUAUUAUAAUAUUUUGCUUAAGCUUAUAAGCUUCACUUAUACCAAAACCAGU